AUCGGUCAAGUUCUGCCGGAUGCAACGACAACAGCGUUUGAGUAUGAAGAUGAGGAUGGCGAUCGGAUUACCGUUAGAAGCGACGAAGAAAUGAAAGCCAUGCUGUCCUAUUAUUACUCCACUGUAAUGGAACAGCAAGUAAAUGGACAGUUAAUAGAGCCUCUACAGAUAUAUCCAAGAGCCUGCAAACCUCCUGGGAAACGGAACAUACAUGGCCUGAAGGUAAAUACUCGAGCGGGGUCUGCUAAUAAUAGCAGUUCGGCCGUCUCGGAUUCCCUUCCAAGCAAUAGCUUAAAAAAGUCUUCUGCAGAGCUGAAGAAGAUACUUGCAAACGGGCAGAUGAAUGAACAAGACAUACGGUAUCGAGACAUCCUCGGUCAUGGCAAUGGAGGCACAGUCUACAAGGCAUAUCAUGUCCCUAGUGGAAAAAUACUAGCAGUGAAGGUCAUACCCUUAGAUAUAACACUGGAACUCCAGAAGCAGAUAAUGUCGGAGUUAGAAAUUCUUUAUAAGUGUGACUCAUCAUAUAUCAUAGGAUUUUACGGUGCUUUUUUUGUAGAAAACAGAAUUUCGUUGUGUACAGAGUUCAUGGACGGGGGUUCUUUGGAUGUUUAUAGAAAAAUUCCAGAACACGUACUCGGAAGAAUAGCAGUAGCUGUUGUGAAAGGCCUUACCUAUUUGUGGAGUCUAAAGAUUUUACACAGAGAUGUGAAGCCGUCUAACAUGCUGGUGAACACGCGCGGCCAGGUGAAGCUGUGCGACUUUGGGGUUAGCACGCAGCUGGUGAAUUCUAUAGCCAAGACGUAUGUUGGAACAAAUGCUUAUAUGGCGCCUGAGCGGAUUUCAGGAGAGCAGUAUGGAAUUCAUUCGGAUGUUUGGAGCCUGGGGAUUUCCUUCAUGGAG